CGAUAAAAAAGGUUGGUCGGAGCAGAACACGAAAACAGAAGAAUAUCGACAUAAGAACAUUGACGUACAUAAAUCUUGGGUGAUUCCAGAAAUGUUGACCACCAUACCCUCCUCACACCACACCUUCCUCACUCCAUUAACCCACAACAACCAAAACUUCAGGGCAAGGGCACUCAAAACCACUGUCCGCUGCACUUCCUCAGAACAUCACCAACCUCCAAGGAACAAGCAUGAAAACGAGUUAGCAAAGUUAGCACUGGUUGCACUCGCCGCUGGGGUGUUAACACUUGGGUCCGUUCAGGAUGCAUCUGCUGCCAAGACUGGUGGUAGAAUCGGUGGCCAGGCCUUCAAAUCACCAGCUCCUCGCUCCUCACCAAGGAUCAACAAUUCCAGAACCAAUAUCUAUGUCAAUCCUGGAGUGGCACCUCCACUUGUUGGUGGUUAUGGGUAUGGUUACGGUGUGCCAUUCUAUGGCGGCUGGGGAUGGUCUCCAUUUUCAUUCUUUGCACCAGGUCCCAGUGUAGCUGUAGGCAUUGGAGGUGGAUUUGACACUCUUGUUCUGUUUAUGUUUCUUGGUGCUGCUGCUGCAGUUGUGAGAAGAUUCUUUGGGUCAAGAAAUGAAGACGAUGAUGACUACUAGCGCUAUAAAAAGGAUUUCAAAGAGAGUGUCAAAUUAAAUCCAUGCAUAUAGAACAAUGGCAGAGUGACCAAUUCAUUAGAUUGAUGCAUUUUGAGAUAUGGUAUUGUGCUUCCUAAUGCAUUGGUUUACAAGCUUGUUACACAGUAUAUAUGUCAUGAAGCAAUAGAUGUACAUCAUACUCCAUCACUCAAAGUUUUCACUUUCACUGAUUUUAAUAUAAUCAAGAAAAUAUCUAAGGUUUUACAGAUUCA